CUGUUUACGACAGCGUUUUACGACACUGCACGGAGCUCCUCGUCACCCUGGUUCAAGAUGGCCUCGUCGUUCUGGAAAGGUGUUGUCGGUGUCGGACUCUUUGCCUUAGCUCAUGCAGCUUUCUCAGCGGCACAACAUCGAUCAUACAUGCGACUCACAGAGAAGGAAAACGAAACACUACCAAUCGACAUUGUAUUACAGACCUUAUUAUCGUUUGUCAUGACCUGUUACGGUAUUGUCCACAUUGCUGGAGAGUUCAAAGACAUGGAUGCCUCCUCAGAGCUGAAAAACAAAACAUUUGAUACACUGAGGAAUCACCCAUCUUUUUACCUUUUCAAUCACCGGGGUCGGAUGCUAUUCCGCUCGCCGGAGGAAGAGCCCUCCUCCGUACGCAACCAGCAAGCUCUUCCCAACCCCAUACGGCUACGCAAGCUGGAGCAUUUGCACUGAGACUGGCCUUUCCUGCCUGUAACAUUAUCAACGUCAGAUAAGAUUUUUUUUUUUUUUUUUUUUUUUUUGUUA